CAAACAAGCAGGUUUCGACUGAAAGCAUAAUGGCAUUCAAAGAUUUACAGACUUCAAUAAACAAGCUCUCGUCCGACUUGCAAGGUCAGAUAGCAAGGAACAAUCCCAUGGUGAAAGAAGACUCCAGAAAUAUCUCUUUCUGGAUCUUCAAGGAGCGUAUGGUGCUCUCCAACUUGAAAGCGCUAUCCUACGAGGAGUCACAAGCUAUUACCAGCAUGGAGACUUGGUCAAAGGACGAAGGAGAAGAUAUGAAGGACGUGCUCGGUUCUCUAUCUACGCUGCUGAAAAAGCAAAAUUCUAUCGAAAGCGACCUUGCAGCUGGGAUUCAGAGUUAUCGACAACGACUCAAAAUCAUCCGUGAGAAAGAACUCGAUUUGACGGUUACAAGAGACAGGAAGCGACAUAUCGAGUCAAAACAGAGUGGAAGUCACCGGUCUAGUAGCAAGGGUAAAAGCACCGAGAUGACGAAAGAAUUUGCUUCUCUUGAACAAGAAUGUCGUGCUCAAGAGCAAGAUUUAGCGGAUUAUAAGCGAUUUGCGGUACGAGAGGCCUUCUAUGUGCGCUUCAACGCUUUAACGGAAUAUGCCGAGAAACUUGCCAUGAUAGCAGGAUUUGGCAAAUAUCUUGUUGAUCAGAUUUCAAUUGAACCUACACCUUACGGUCAACCCCGUCAACCCUACACAGGUCACGAACAAACGAGUACUAUCCUUGAAGAUGCUCUUGCAGCGAUUGAUGGAUGGCGGCCGAUGGAACAGGACGAACGCCCUACUAUGGACCUUCCUGACCGGCACUCCUCUUUUGAUUUCCAAAGACGUUCAACAGCAGCCAGUAUGCAUAGUCACCAAUCAUCUGAAGACUUUGAUAGCAAUUAUUUUGUGGAUUCUCCUGCGACGGAGCACCACCCACCGCCGCUACCUACCCGUCCAUCACGAUCCCGCCAAUCCGCACCGCCACUGCCGACCCAUCCAAGUGUGGCCGAUUUACCACCAUCCUAUCAAGAAAGCAAUUUGGCAACACCUAUUCCCUCUGCACCAGAGCAUCCUGUUGAAUUGCCCGAAGACACGGAGUUCUUGACCCCACACCAAGCCCACGGUCAAGUGUACCAACUUCCUAAUGUGGCCACAAGCCCUGUUCAUUCUCAUUUCUCAUCGGACCAUACUUCAAACUAUAAUCAGCUGUAUCGUCAAAUAUCUCAAAGACAAGGGCAUACGCAGCGUCCGUACUUAGAAUAUAGAGCUCGACAGCAGGAACGGAUAGGCGCAGGUGGAUUUCGAUUUCCUACUCACCAGCAGACUUACACUGUCUUAUCAGCGGAAGAGGAAAAGCGAGAGCUAGCUGAACGUGAACGUUUAAAAGAAAUACCUAACCAGCAGUCAACGCCUGGUUAUUCAGGAUCUUCAGCGCCCCCUUUCUGGAGCAUGCCACCUCCUGCCCAGCCAUACCAGAUCCCGCCAGAUGAUAGUACGACGAACUCAACUACAUCACAUCAUCGACAUAUGUCUUCAGGUAGCCUUCGGGAUCAAGCACGUCCGUCAAGUCAACCACCUCAAUAUCACCAACAGUAAUACCUAUCUAAUAAAAAAAAAAUUAAGAAGGCAUAU